AUGGCAACUUUAGACAAUGAGAGGUAUUUGAGACACAUACUGUUGUUAGGCGAGGGUGGACUGCUUGUGUUAAGAGGCAUUGUAACUAGAGAAGCAGCAAGGAGCGGUCAGACCCUCGAACAUAUACUUGCAUCAAAUAGAGCAUUAUUUCAUAACCUUAUCCAAGAACAGUAUAUCAUUUUGUUUCCAUCUACAUCUACAGUUAAUGCAAAUGUACAAAGCUGGGAUAUGUCCCUACUUAUGGUCGUAGUAAAAAGAUUGUUCAUGGGCACGUCAGGUUUAUCGCCUGCAGAAACAGCUUCUAUUCAAGCCUUAAAAGCAUACAGAAAUUGCAUUCAAGGGCAUCCCACCAGCAUGAGUAUGAGUGCAACUGACUAUGCUAGAGAUCGACGUUUGCUAGAAACAGCUCUUAGUCAUCUAGCAUCAGGUAUAAGUGCAGAUAUGGAUACAGAAAUCAAAGACAUGAUAAGGAGAACAGAUUCAGGGCAUAUUGAUAUUCAGUCGUCAUUCGAACACAUCAAAGAGCUACAUGCAUUCAAAACUAGUUUUCUAGAUGCAUUAGAAAGCAAAUUAUUAGUACUAACGGAUAUAAAUUGCGAGUUAAACGAUAUUAAAACAUGCCUGAAUAAUAUGGAUGGAAAUCAUGCAGGCAGAUAUGAUGCGUUACAAAAACAACUGCAAGAAAUUGAUAUAACCACAGGAGCGACGAAGAACGAUAUGGCCGAUAUGAAAGCAUGCCUGGAUAAUAUGAACGGAAAUAAUGAAGUCAGAAAUGGAGCGUUACAAACCCAACUGCAAGAAAUUGAUAUAACCACAGGAGCGACGAAGAACGAUAUGGCUGAUAUGAAAGCACAACAGGCAAAGACUUCACGUCAAGUUGAAAAAAUACUGAAGAUGAAGAUAAAUGAUUGCACACGAAGUACUAAGAACGCAUUACAGACUAUCAUAAAAGCGGAGUGUGACCAAAGGCAAAAAGAAAAGGAUGCCAUGCGUCUUUUGUUUGAAUUCAUUGACAUUAUUCAGAAUCGGGAUGACUUUUCUAAAGAAGAAAUCAAAAAGAUGCUAGAACAAAGGAUUCAAUGGCAUGGUGACCUUUGUGUCGAGUUAGUAGACGAUUUACUUUCCUGGUUUACAGAUAUGAGAAAUAUUCCCGACACAGUACCUGGAAUUGCAGAAUUAGGUUGCAUCCGAAUACCAAUAAAGUGCUCUUCAAUGAAAGGAAUGUUGAAGCAUUUAGAGUAUAUGGAUAGUGAUGAAAGCAAACAACGUCUUUCAGAUAUAUCAUGCAGUCUCAGCAAAAUGCUCGGUUUUUCUUGCAGCCUUUCGUGGACCAUAGCACCUGACAGUUUACAAAAUGUUAUGAAAACAUUAUCGGAAGAAUUUAAAAUUGUGAUUCCAUUUGAAAGUAAAUCACUGAAAGGCUUAACAGAUAUGUGGACUUUCUUCGAGGGAGAGGAAGCCAAUAGUCAUCUAACAAAAAUAUCGGAAACGUUAUCAAAAAUUGUUGGUGCAAACGUGAGUCUGACUGCAUCAGUUGUAAUGGACCAGUUUACAAAGGCAGUGUAUGAAAGAAGUAAAGAUAACAUAUCAAGUUCAAUAGAUACAAAGGCGCAGGGACAGGAACAACUAGGAAACAUUCAAGAAAAACCAGAGGAAUUGUUGCAAGAAGAUGGAAUAAAACAACACGCUGUAGAAAUGAAGUCGGAGGAAAAAAGCCCAAAGCCAAAGAGGAAAGAACAUGAUUCUAAAAGCAAGAAAAAGGGAGCAGUCGGAAAGCUAAAAGACGUCGUGUCCUCAACAUUUUCGUUUUUACAAUUUAAGUCUUACAGAAAUCAAGAUGAUGGAAGAACCACAUAUAAAGGCACAGCAGAUGGAAAUAAUGCUGAACGGGAAACUACAAAAAUUGACAUUUCCCCAAGUUUUGAGCCUUUAAAAGAUGAUGGAAGAACCACAUAUGAAGGCACAGCAGAUGGAAAUAAUGCUGAACGGGGAACUACAAAAAAGGACAUUUCACCAAGUUUUGAGUCUUUAAAAGAUAAAGAACCAGAUGAUCUUAAAGAGACGGAAUCUCUUUUAGAAAAAGCAGAGGAAUUGCCGCAAGAAAUUGGAAUCAAACAACACACUGUUGAGAUAAAUUUGGAGGAAAAAAGCCCAAAGCCAAGGAGAAAAGAACAUGAUUCUAAAAGCGGGGAAAGGGAAUCAGUCAUAAACCGAGAGCACAUCGAGUGCAUUGAAAUUAAUUACAAUGCAAAUACUCAACAUAAUCAUUUUUACAAUGAUCAAACACAGCCUGAUGCAGCAUAUACAUGGAAAGAAGUAGAAAAUGCAGGGGCAAAAGCUGGUGAACUAAAGAAAUCACUAACCCCCACUAGAUGGAACGCAUUAGGCUGCCAGCCAGAGAGUGUCGGUUGUCUCAUAUCAGAUGGAAUUAUAGCUGGGACAGUGUUUAGAGUAGGAACAAGCUUUCUUAUGACAGCAUUCCAUGUCAUCAGUCACAUAAUUAAAAAAGAUCCAAAAGGCCCAGAUAAUGAAGACAACUUUGACUGGCUGCAGCUGACAUAUGACAGAGUGUAUCCCAACUUUAAUGAGUCAGUAACUGAUAAGCCAAAAAUAGUGUCAAAAGUUUCUUGUAUUUUCUAUAACGUCACAUUGGACGUGGCUGUUCUCCAGUUUGAUGUCAUCAGUGACCUGCCAAGAAAAAUGAUAUUAGAUACAUCUGGAUAUUUAAAACCGGACAGAGUAUAUCUUAUUGGGUUUGGACACCCAGAGAAUACUUUGAAAAAGCAUAUUGACCCAUCUUGCAAAGUUAUACCAUCUAACAGUUCAGAAAUCAAAAAUGCUCAUGCAUGGCUCCUAAAGGAUGGCAACAGAUCGUACAGAGAGAAAGUAGACAAUCCUGAUCUUGUAGAUACUGGCUAUCACGGGUAUGAUGAUCCACAAAAGAUAAUCCUAAGCUGCUACCUCGAGCAUGGAGCUUCUGGUGCACCACUUCUGGCUGUAGAUAACAAGCGUAGUGUCGUGGUAGGCUUUCUUACUAAUAGUAUGCCAGAGUUUUACUUCCAUUUGUCUGCAGAGGACCAAAGGGCUUUUCCCACAGCUUACAGAUUUGAAUAUGGAACAAGAAUGAAAUACAUUUAUCAUGCGAUUCGAGAAGCCAAUCCGGAGUUGGCCAAAGAUAUUUUUGGGGAACAAUGAGAUAAAAUAAUGCUGUUGAAACUUAGUACCUCGAACUCGUUUAUCUUGAAAUUAUGGUUAUAUUGAAAGAAUAUUCCCUCUUAAUGUAUUCGUUUUCUGUUUCAAUCAAAUCUGAGACACUGCAACUUUGGUUGUGUGAAAGUAAAUAUGAAGUCCCUUGAGAUACUGUAACUGUGAUUCAACUGUAAAGAUACCACCUGUGUCGGAGUACAGACAGUGAGGGUUGUGUGCCAUAUCUUUUAUUCACUGUUUUGUGUCAUUAUGUUAUGCUAUGUGUCAUAAUUGUGACAUACUUAUCCCAAAUUAACAUCACAAUUCCAGUCAUCCUUGUUUAAUAGUAGAACAAAUUGGGUUGUGUUAGAAUUGAAAUUUAUGUAUAACAUGUAAGAUAGUUUUCUAUGAUAAAGGUACUGUGAUAUCAUCGAAUGUAGGACGUUUUGGCCAGCGGACAUUUUGGCCCGGACGUUUUGGCCUAGGAUCUUUCGGCCUAGGAUGUUUUGGCCAGGCAUUUUUGGGUGUAGGACGUUUUGGCCAAAAAUAAAUUGUGGUUUCAUAUCGUGCAAAAUAUGGUUUGGAGAUUAUUCUAAAGAAUGUUAUAGUAAAAGUGAACAAAUUAAACUGAUAAUAAAACAUACUCAUGGUACUUUAUUUUUAUAAUCUUUUUAUAUAUAUAUUAUACACAUAUAAACAUAUACACAUUGUAUAUGUGUGUGUGUGUGAAAAUAUUUGCCAUUUACAACAAACCAAAAGAGUUAUGAAAGUAAAUUUUAUUCACAUCAUUAGUUAUGAGGAAUACAUUUUCUAGAGAUAGACCCUAAAAUUUCCAAUGAUAGUUAUACAUUAAAUAAAGUCUAGAAAUUUAUUUCCAAGUCCUUCAAAUAACCAAAAAUGAUUUCAUAAAUGUGAAGGUUAUGAUAAUUUUGUUAAUAUCAAUAACAGAAGUUUUAAUUUUUAAUUUAAAAUUGUGAUCCACAAAGAAUGGCAACUCUUGCCUUGGGCUAGUACUUAUAAGCAGAAAUAUCUAUUAGUUUACUUCCCUUGCAAUUACACAAUUGAGUGGAAAAUGAAAACUGUUUUAGACACAAUAUCAUACUUUUUUGCACAACAAAAACGUUUAGGAUUUAUUGAUAGGUGCUUGAUUUACCCCUCAAAAUAUGGUUCCUAUUAUUUUGUCAACUUACUUAUGGUAAAAAGUUAACUUUUAACAAACCAAUAAUAAAAUGAAAUACCAGUUAGUAAUUAAUAGUGCAGAUAAUACAGUUUUGCUUGUAUCAAAAUGUCACAAUAGAAGCACUUUUGUAAUACAGAACACCUGGUAGGAUUAGUAAAGGUGCAAUUAUAUUGAUCUCUAUUUCCUAUGACUACAUUUUCAUUGACUUACUUGUAGCAUCAGUCUAAGAAACUGAAUCCCAACGAACAAAAAGAAGUUCUUAUAAUGCUAGCAUUAACUUUAAUAUACAAAACUUCAUGUCCCAACGAACAAAAAGAAGUUCUUAUAAUGCUAGCAUUAACUUUGAUAUACAAAACUUCAUGUCCCAACGAACAAAAAGAAGUUCUUAUAAUGCUAGCAUUAACUUUGAUAUAUAAAACUUCAUGUCCCAACGAACAAAAAGAAGUUCUUAUAAUGCUAGCAUUAACUUUAAUAUACAAAACUUCAUGUCCCAAUGAAACAAAACUAUAAAAAAAAUUAUGCCACAAAUUGAUCUCAUAGUACAGAUAUAUUUUAUAUGAACUUUUGUUUCAAUAAAGUAUAAGAUAUAUUUUUGUUAGAGAAUGUGUGAUUUAAAAUAUGAUGUGAACAAACUUAACGUUUUUUUUAAAGAAUAUAUAUUGUCAUUUAGUAGUUGUAAGUGUAAUAAUAAUGUGUUCCUUUUUGGAAUUGACUAUAUGUUUUGUAUAGAAAGUUGUUUUUUUAAUAAACAACUAGCAAGAUUUAUGGGUUUGCAAGAAGUCCCAAUGUUGUUUUUAUCCAUCUAAAUUCAUAGAAAAAUAGUAUUUAAUCCUUGAAUGAAUUAAUUCAGUUGAGAAAUGAAUCACAGUUUAGUUGUUCACAUUUUUGUUCGGAGGCCAAAGGCUUAUAUGGAUCCAGUGUCGUAUACUUUUGAAGUUAACAUAUCUCUAAAACAAACUAAGUGGCUGACUAGCAGAGGUUGUUGGAACAUGUAAACAGUCCAGUAAAAUGCCAAAAUUUCAUAUGUAACAUAACAUAUUAACAAAAAUGGUCUCCCAAGCAGUGCGACCUGUGGACUAGAUUGCCAUUGUGAAUGGGGCAAUAAAGUGUGCCAUGCGGCCGCUGCAUGGAAAGAAUUCACUCAACGCGGCAGGUAUUCUGAUGGACAUCUUCCGAUACCUGGAUGAUUAUUUUACAUCGGAUGAUGCCUGUAAGCACCCCAACAGAUGCCUGGAUGUUGUCAGUACAGUCCGCGGACGAUUUUGAAAGUAAAAUUUUGAACAAAAAUCAUACAAUCUCCAUCCAAUUCAAGCAAUCACUGUCCGACGCCCUGCUUACAGUUGGACAAUGCUGUGACAAUGUGUUUACAAGUUCUCAGAAGGUGAAAGAGUUGUCUGGUUGCUGCUGAAUUUAAAUUUCCAGGCGCCAUCUGAUAAACCAAAUCUUACCUUGUCACCAUCCGAUUUACUUGCUGCUGGACAGACACUGGAGGAUUUUUCCUAAUUUUCCCUUAAAUACUCACUGUCUAGCAUUCAGUUCACCAUUUGUGACUCAGGGGCAUAAAUUUUAAGUUGUUUCAGAACUUAACGUUGUAUUAUACAAAUCAACUUGGCUGAAGUAUGUAAAAUGAUUAGUAAAGGACACAGUACUUCCAACUACAAUGUAGUUCUUUCUUAAUUUGUUAGGAUGUUUCAUAAGGUGCAAAAAAAUGUGAAAAAGUAACUAUUAUGAAAAUUAUGAGGAGAUAUGUCUAUUGAUACAUACAUGUUACAGACUUCAAAAUUAUUUUAUUUUUUGUGAGAGAAACAUAUACAUUCAAUUACAUCUCCUUUAUUUUUGAUAUUUAUCUACCAAGUUGUUGUAUCCAGUAUAAAUAUAAUGGAUAGUCACAUGGUUCAAAUGCAAAUCACUGACUGGAAGAGAAAAUUAGGUGUAUAUUAGAGUGCUGUUUCUCCACACAAAAUGUUUAUUUCAUGUUUAUGUAGAUACUAUAUUGUAAUUGUUGAAAUUUUUCAAGUAUAAAAUUUAAACAUAAUACAUUUCUAACAAUUUUAUGCAUAAUAUUUUGUUGUUUUGUUUUGCUUACUGUUAGAAAGAUACAUAACUAGUUAGUAUUUUAUUGUUAAAACUUAUAUAUUAAUAUUAAAUAUAUUAAUUGUGAAACUGAAACAUAUCAUAUAAGGUUCCAUAUUUUCACUGUUCUUUGAAAACUCGUAUAAGCUAUUUUGUUCAUUUUCCAGGAGACAUUACCCUGAAAUUUCUUUUUGGCAAGUCAUCAGUGUUGUUUUUGUAAACUGUAGCUCAUUUUAAAAAGACUUUUAAGGUUUUCUCUUUAAUUUUGUGUAUGGUUUUUAUCAAUACUUGUUAGUCCGGAAAAAAUAAUAAAGUUAAAUUCCAGAAGUUGUCUAUCUUUUAAAAUAUUUUUUAUCACAUAUAUUGAGUUUUAUACUUUCCUAUGACAUUUGUACAUAUUUGAAUUAAAUGUUUAUUGAUUAUUUUUAUAUGUUUCAUAAGAACCUUUAUCCAAGGAGAAUGUUUUUGAAGGGAUCAAAUUAUUUAUAUUUUCAUGCUUAUGCAAAAUCUAUUACUGUGAAAUCAUUUAAAAUCGCCGACAGUUUCGCAGGGGAUUUAAUUUAGCACAUUUUCAUUUAAAGAAAGAAAUUAAAAAUUUUUUUUUUUUUAGAAAUCACCAGCUUGUGCAAGUCAGUAUUAUGUACUGCCGUCAAUUAAAGCGGUCCAUUUUAUGACCUAGUUAGAUAAACAAUAUGACACUGUCAGACAGUCCAACUGAUUAUUGUUGUUAAUUGACACUAUGGUUCAGUAAAGUGUAAAAGAGCAUUAAAGGAUCGAGUAAAAUUAAAAGGGUUUGAAGUCUUAUUAUGAAUGGCGCUUGUCCAGUCACUCUAAAACUACAAUGGCAGGUGCAAAUAUUCACGAAGUGGCGCUGUUACCUUCAAUUACGCAAUGUGACAAAUUUGAAUUUUGUGGACGACAAAUGAAUUUAUACACAUACGGUAAUAAUUCCAAAAAUUACAUUGUUUUCUGUCAAGGACAAAAUAAUCAAUAAAAGAAAUAUUUCAUUGCAUUUGUAAGACGAUGACAACGAUAUAAAACAAGCUUAAGUAUUCGAAGCAAUCGUAAAGAAUAACCAAUGAACCAAUAAUUAUAAAUGAUUUAAUCAGAUUUCAUAAUGAUCCAUUUUGGUAUAAACAUAUAAGUUCCUAUCAAGACAACCUUUAACUGCCGAUAAACUGUGAAGUUUUGAGAAAAAUUGAAAUACUAGAGUCUUAUACAAUACGCGUAUUUCAGACAUGAAAUAAACUUGGAUAACUAUAUAUUAAAUGGUUGAAUAAUAGCGCGGUCUUAAAUUUGCGCAUUGUUCGUAGCACGACAUAUAGGAAAUUCGUCCUGCGCGAACAAAAUUGAUUUCACAGUAAUAGCCAUACAGAAGUGUAACACUGUAUAUUGUUUGAUAUUAACUUUGGCUCUGGCAUUCUAAUACUUUUAUGUACUCUUACACAGUAUGUUUUGUGCAGUUUUUCUUGCAAUACUAGUUUUUCUAUUAUCUGUCUUUUUUUUUUAAUGGGCAUUCAAAUAUUACACUUAAAGAAAUUACAGAUAGAUGUUGGUUUUUGCCCAUCAACUUAAGUAGUGCUCUGUAUGGUGUUCAUGUAUGAUUAAUUGUAUGUGUACUCUUCGUUUUGUAGUUUGCCAUUGCUGUAGUCACAGUGACAUUGAUACCUACGUUGUCUAAUACAGAAUAUCUAUGCAAGAGUUGUGUCUUAAAUGAGAGGAGGUGCUUCCAAUUUGUAUUAUACAACUGUACUUUGUACAUUUAAUUUCUACCAUUGUAAAUGUGUAUAGAAUAUGUAUAAUAAGAAAAUGCUGGUCUAGUCCUUAUAAAUUGACUAUAAAUCUCAUACAAGUUGUUUCCUUGCAUUCACUUUCUGUACUUUUAUUAAAUUUAUUGUUGUAUCUUUGUUCAUAUCACUUUUGUCAUUGUAUGAAAGUAUAUUCAUUCAGCAUUUGAUUAAUAGACAUAUAUGACAAAUUUGCCAAAUACUUACCAAAACAUUAUUGAACAUUUUAAAAAUCUUUAUUUUUACUAAAAAAAAAAAAAAAAAUAAACAAAACAAAACAAAACAAAACAAAAAAACAACAAAAAAAAAAAACAGCCAAAAAAAAAAUUACCACUUCCUAUUGAUGAUCUUUUUAUAUUAAUACAUGUAACUUCAGUUUGAUUUUUCAUGUAAAUUAUAAUUCAAUGUCUCAUUUAACCAUAAUAUUCUAAACUUGCUCUGUUGUAGGAUUGCUACGGCUUGCCCGAAGUCUAAGGCCAAUACCUGCAAGACUAUUGACUUGCAAGCCAAUUGGCCAUUCAAGUGUUUUACUUGACAUCAAAAAUGAGUUUUUUCGUUGUUAAUGUUGGGCUUUGUCCCAGCAAACCUGUUUUGAACUAUAGACUGGUAAAAAGCACAAACCAUUGACUGGCACUGUUUAUAAAUUAAGUUAUUUACUGGUAAUAAAGCUUAAGACAGGGUGUAUUUGAAAUUAAUAAAUACAGUCAAACCAGUUGUAAGGACACCUUUGAAUAAAGGUCCCUACUGUAAAACCUGCUUACACGGGUCACUAUUUUCUCUGUAGGUUUAACCAUAGAUAGUAUAAAUUAAUAUGUGUUACAAGUGAUUCUGCCUUCGCGACCAGUGCACACCAAGAUCAGCCUGCACAUCUGUGAAGGCUGAUCAUGGUCUGCACUUCGCUAUUCAGUCAGUAAUUUUCAGUGAAUACCCAUUCGAUUAAUAAAUUGUUUGCCCAAAUUGAAUGAUGGACCAGUCCAUUUUAGAAAUUUAGUAGGAUAUCGGUUAAAGACAGGUUUGACUGAUUCCACAUCUGUUUCCUUAGAUUUUAUGUAGAGAAUUGAUUUCUUUGCUAGUCUUGUCAUUAAUCAAUAUACUCAACCUUGAAAAAUAUGUGGGUGUCUGUUUUGGUUAUUUCACUGUAAAUAAAUGUCAUUGUUAUAGUCCAGGGCAUAUUUUUACAGUUUCUUAAAAUGGGCAUUUAGCUACAUGAUCCUAGCUUUUUUCUUUUUCUUCAAAAACUGAAGAACGACAAAUGGAAGAUUUAUUUGCCUCUUUUUAAAUUCUUAUUUGGCUCAAAACUCUCUUGGUAGAUGACCUGUUAAAGUUUUUAAAAGUUAUUGAAAACAGAUUCACAUUAUCUGCAAGUCAGCAAAGAAAUGUCUGCUAGAUUAAAUUUGUAUUUAAUGUGCACCACAUAGAAAUAGCUAGAUAAUAUUUCUGAAUUACUCUAGUCACGUCUGUAUAUAAAUCCAUCAGCUGGCCAUGCAAAACUCCUAUAUGUACAUACCAUGUUCAGUAUUAGGUUUUGCUUUUAAGAAAUAUUUUUCAGUGAAUAUUUGUUACAGACUGAAGCGGCCUUAUCAGCUUUUUAUUUGUGGUCUUGAAUAAAUUAUUCCAUUUAAAAUAUACUGCAAUAUAUUUGAUAUGUACACAUUUUUCAUUGUUUUGUACAUUUUACUUUCCAAUAUACAUUUACAAUUGUAAUAAAUAACAUAGGUUACUAACAAAAGAACUGUGAUAAGUACUUUCUUGUUCAUUAAUUAGUGUUACUUAUUGUUAGUGUAAUGGACAGGCUGCAUGGUCAGUAAGUCAAAGGAUUGACAUUUAAGUAUCAGAUUGUCUUUCAUAUCUAUCAAUGUUUUACUUUACUAAAUUGAAACAAGUAUUUUAAACAUUCUGGA